CACAUCUCCCCCAACGAUACCCCAAAACUGACGAAAGAAAGCACUUGUGAAUCCAUCCGAUCUCGAAGGUUGAGUCGCCCCAAUUUGGAAGACACUCCGACGGACUUCAGCUGUUUUCACAAACAAAAAGACUCGAGAUAAUAAGUUCCAAAAGUAGCGUUAAUGGCGACUGCUUCUCCUUGCGCUGCGGUGCUUGCUCAGGCCAUAUGCUCACUUUCCCCAACCUUUCCGCGAUGUUCCCCAUUUCUAUACCCGACUCCAACCACUAACAGCAGCUCCGGUUUUGUUCCCCCGAACUCCGUCACGCUGAGGGCCAAGAAGCAAGGAUCCCUACCCCUGAGUUCGCUUUUCCACAACCCUAAGACUCGAAAGUCUCGUUCCGCUCCGACUGUCGUCGCUGCUCAGUCUAAUUUCUCGAGAGUUAUCCAAACCGUGUGGAAGGUUGGUAAGGAUGGCGUCGAUGCAGGAAUCGGCCUUGUGCCUGUCUCCAUUCCCAGGCCCAUUGCCAGAGUUUCCGUGACCGUUGCUUUGCUCACUGUUUCUUUCAUUGUGCUCAAGUCAUUCUUGUCUACAGCGUUCUUUGCCCUGGCUACGAUGGGGCUGGUAUAUUUUCUGUUCAUUGCCUUCAACAAAGAUGAAGGUCCCAAAGGAGGCACAAAUUCAGAUGCUUCUACUUUUUCAUCAGAGGACGAAGCGUUAGAGGAAGCUAGAAGAAUAAUGGAGAAGUACAAGAAAUAGUGCAGAUGCAAGCAUAGCAGCAACGAAUACAUGUUUCUCAUUCUCCCGUAUGGGUGUCAUUGAAGGAGAAGCUGAACUGUCUGUUAGAAGGCAAAGUAUAUGCUGAAAAUUCUGGCCUCGUGUUCAACACGAGUUUCAUAAUCAGCCGAGAAGCUCAAAAACCUGAAAGGCUCCUUCUUGGUAUCAGAUCAGGUGUAAUUAUAGAUUUGGUGCUCGUUAAAUAGGUUUUUGUCACCUGUUCCACUCCAAAUGCUUGGCAUUUGGUAUUCCUGACAUCUUGAAAUUAGUAAUGCAAGUGCUUCUGCAGAUUUGGGUCAAUGCCUGACCUUAAAAUACAUUACCUAUUACUUCUAAAUUGAAGCAGUUCGGAUACAUGGUAAAAGAGAUCUGUUCUACAAAAGGAAAUGGAUUAUAUUUAUUUCCUUGUAUUUGUUUACUCAACUUCAUUGUCAGCAGUAUCGACGACGUACAAAACGGAAAUAUUGCACUAUGCUGAUCACUUAACUGCUAGAAUGUUCUUUCCAUGACUUUUCUUAGAUUUUACUGCUCCGUGUCAAUAACAUAGCAGGCCCUCCCCCUUUAAGCAUCGAGACAAAGGCCUUGUUGAUUUCUGGGGAAUGCACCUGAUGAGUUAUGAACUUGUCGACAUCCAGCUGCUGCAGAGCGAAGGCUAUCCAUUUCAGUAAAGUGCAGCGGAAAAGAUCAUGUGGUUGGAAGAAAGUGAAGAACAGUCUUACCUUGUUCAUAUACAUUUCAAUGACAGAGGGA